AUGGCACUUCGUGGUUUCAGCCGUCUCUUCCAAUCAUGUGGACAAAAAGUGAUUGGUUUUAUGGGGAUGUUCGGCAGUCUAAGAUAUCUAUCACAGACCAACUGCAUGAAAGACAUUGAGAGACAAGUCAGUAAUGAACAAGAACAGAUUAUAUCAACAAAUGACCAAGUGAAGAAUGCUUUUUCCUGGAUUGGCAGUAAGGCUCCUUGUUUUGGUAUCAACGGCCACCAAGUUCAAGUUCUACAGCAACCUGAUCAGUUUUAUGAAACUUUAAAGAUGAGAGUUAAACAGGCUAAGAAAAGAGUUGUGCUUGCCUCUCUCUACUUGGGGACUGGAGUGUUGGAACAAGAAUUGGUAGACAAUAUACGUGAGGCUUGCCUUCAAGCCAGAAGGAACAAAGAUGAGAACUUUGAAGUGCAUGUACUAUUGGAUUUUGUCCGUGGUUCACGAGGACAUGACAAUUCAUCGAGAACAAUGCUCACACCACUGUUAAAAGAAUUCAAAGGAAUGCUUCAUGUUCAUCUUUUCCAUUCACCAAACUUGCGUGGUCUAGUCCGUUCUUUAUUGCCACAACGAUUUGAUGAAAUUGUUGGACUGCACCACAUGAAGAUGUACUUGUUUGAUGAUAGUUUCAUCAUCAGUGGGGCCAACCUAAGUGAAUCCUACUUUACAGAUAGACAGGACCGUUAUAUACUCUUCAAUGACUGUGUGGAGAUGGCUGACUUUUUCUCUGCCCUAGUGAAGGGUGUUGCAGCAUCUUCUUUCAUCCUCCACUCAGACAACACUGUCACACUCUCACCACACUGCAAGGCACAUCCUUUUGAUGACAAAGAUGAUGGUGAGGGUUACAAGAAAGAGGCUCGUCAGAGAAUCCUAGACAUUGUUAAGAAUCAGAUGAGUGAUGGUCAACUAGCUGGAGAGGGUGUAGAUACGUGGGUAUACCCUCUGGUACAGAUGGGACCACUAGGGAUCCAGGAUGAUGAACAGGUCAUGAAACACAUGUUCAGAAAAGCAAAGAAGGAUGAAAAACUACUACUAGCAUCUGGAUACUUCAACUUGACAGAAGAAUAUAUGCAGAUAAUUUUACAAGAAACAGAUGCUGAAUUCGACAUAUUAAUGUCUUCACCAGAGACAAAUGGAUUCUUUGGUGCAAAAGGUGUGUCAGGAGCUGUGCCUUACGUGUAUGUACAGACUGCUAAGGAGUUUUACAACAGGAUCUGUGAAGGGGACCAGGAGGCCCGUAUAAAAUUGCAAGAGUACUUCCACCAUACUUGGUCUUUUCAUGUGAAGGGCUUGUGGUACUAUCUCUGUGAUUCCAAGUAUCCAGCAAUGACCAUUAUUGGCUCCAGCAAUUUUGGUCAUCGAUCUGUUUACCGAGAUUUAGAGUGCCAAGCAGUUGUGGUGACAGACAAUGCUUAUCUUCAGAAACAACUCAAAAAGGAACAUGAGGACUUGUACCAACGUUCAUCCACUAUUAUAGAAGCAACCUUCCAGCAGCAGAACCGUUAUGUUCCUUUGUGGGUAAAAUUUGUUACCAGGACUUGUCGUACCUUUUUUUAAGCAGAACUGGGAGGAUGUUUAUGUCAUCUUUUAUUUUGUGAUUUUUUAAAUGGACAUCUAAAGAUGACAGUAUACCAUCAAUC